UGCAGGGGGGUUGGAAGGGACCUUUAAAGGCCAUUCAGUCAACUCUAAGGAUUCUGUGAUUGUAUAAAUUAUAAAGCAGCUCUGGUCUGUGUGACCGUACUUAAAAGUGACUGUUAACAUUAAUACUUCCAAGUUGGCAAUUUCCUUUUGUGUUCUGUGCUAAAGCUGAAGCAGUUUUCUGCAGUGCUCCAUCCAUGCUGUUGCCACACGCUGGAUGUGAGGAUGUGAGGUCUCGAGUCGAUGUGCAAUCAUUCUGAUUGCUGUUGAAAUUCAUUCCGCUGCACACUGAAGUGAAGUUGGCAAGCUUAGUUUGAUUUUACAACUAAGAUCAGUGGUGGAAAAGAGAGCUCAGCUCUUAUGAGACGAUAGGAGCACUGCAGGCAAGGGGUUAUGAAUGGCUGUAGGGAACAUGCUUUGCUCUUUACCUCCUGAGACAGCAAAACCUCUGGAGAGGUGCCUUGUAAAGACACUUGGAGCAUUGGAAAGGAUUUUUUGAUACAGGCUGCUUAAAGCUGUCAUUCCCCCUAACAAAAAUUUGACUUUGCAGUGAUAUUUCUGUUUUGUUUUUUUUUCUCCAUCUAAUGCUUUAUUUAUUUAGUUUGCCUGAAGCAGAGCGAAGGCCUUUCUUUAUUUCUCAUGUUGUUUGUGGUAAUCUCUCGAUGUCUGCAGAUUUAGAGGUGCUUUGCAGCAAGCUGGGGUAACUUGAAAUCAGUGGUUGUGGUAUCGAAAGUACUUUGCUUGUCGUUUCAUGGUAGGGGGUGUCUCUGAAUGCAUCUAGGAUGUGUUGGUGAAGAAAAUGAGCUUUGUUUUCCUUAAGGCAAACUGCUUUCGAGGAUGUGUUCACCCACUGCACAGCAGGUUUUGCAUAUAUGAGAGCUGAUUAGUGGGUUAUCUUAAAUUCUGCCUGUGAUUGUCUUUCAGAGGCGAUGGAAGCUGCCCUGUUGGUCUUCCAGCAUCUUGUGCUGAGUGCUCAUGGCGUGUGCAAAGGACAGAUCUCCUGUGUGAUCUGAAUGUACCAGGUUGUCCUCAUGAAUGCUUCAGUGGAGAAUGUCCAUGAUCUUCUUUGCCUGUGUGGUGCGGGUGAGAGACGGUCUUCCCCUCUCAGCCUCCACAGACUUUCAUUUCAACCAGGACUUCUUGGAAUGCAGAAAGAAAUUGAAGGCAUUAUCCUCAGUUCUGGCACGCUAUCCAAGUCGAGGCACAGCAAAAGGACGUGAGCUGAGCAUACAUUUCCUGUCUUCUGGGGAGAUUGCCUGCAUGGCCAUCUGUUCCAGCAGUUACUCGACCAUCAUGGCAUUUUGCUUCCUGGAAGAGCUUCAAUGGGAAUUUGCUGCUUCCUAUGACACAACAAGCAUCAGUUUAGCUUCCAGACCGUAUGCUUUUCUUGAAUUUGAUGAUGCCAUUCAGAAAGUAAAACACCGCUUUAAUUACAUGAGUGGCUCUGCAAUGAAGGUCAGCUGGGAGAAGGUGGAGGAGGAGCUGAGGUUGCAGCCCCCUGUUCAGCUGAAGCUGGAGGAUGCAGAGCUGAUGAAUGGGAUGGCUAAUGGUGGGCACACAGGAGUGCAUGUGGAGGUUGCCCCUGCCUACAGAAUGGAGCGUGUGACCCCCCUGGGCAUUCUGUCACUUGUUCUGAACAUCAUGUGUGCAGCUCUGAAUCUCAUCCGAGGAGUUCACCUAGCAGAGCAUUCCUUUCAGGAGGACUAUGAAGGAAUUGGAAAUGUGGUAGCAUUUUUUCUACCUUUUCUAGCCUGUGUUUUUCAGUGUUAUUUGUACCUGUUCUACAGCUCCAUGAGGAAGGUGAAGACAUUUGUACUCUUCUGCUCUGUUUGUUCAUGCAAUAUUUACUUGUAUGGAUUACGGAAUCUCUGGCAAAUAGCCUUUCACAUAGGAGUGGCAUCUCUUUCCUCCUACCAGAUACUGACAAGGCAACUUAUGGAGAAACAACCUGACUGUGGAGUAUGAAAAAGACUUUGGGUUCGCAACGCUCUUUUUAAAAUUAUUUUUUUUUUGGUAUUAAAAUGGCCAAAAAUAGUUUGAAGUAUUUUUAAAUACUUGUGACAAUGGUUACUGCAAGGAGGAUGUUCCAAAGCAACGUGGAAUUAUGACAGGAUACUACUGUAGUUCAUUCACACAGUGAAGAAUUCAGCUGUGUUCCACAUAAUGUGUGCUAAUGGUGCAUGAUAGAUUUUGUCAGGUGUCAUCAACAGGUCGAGGUUCUCCUUACCAUAAACAGGCUCUUACUCUUUGACUACCACCAUCCAGACAGCAUUUUGCCAUCUGUCUUGCUGGCUUUGUGACAGUUUGGCAGCCCAACGUCUUGGCCUGCCAUGCUUCUAAAAAUACUAAAAACAUUGCAGUGAAGUGAAGGUAAAGUGGUGGGUAAUAUUUUUGUCUGUACAAUUUAUUAAGCAUUAAGAUUCUUGGUAAAUGUAAGGAAAGGAGUAGUUUGCCAUAGUUAGGUGAGUUAUCAAUGGGAGAAGGUGUUAGGAUGAGAUUCAGGGUAUGUUUUUCCUGGGUUUUGAAGGAAAGGACAAGGCUGGCUUCUUUAAAAACUCUAGAGGCUAUAAGUAUCUCCUGGCUGAGCAGCACACUGUCAUUAACUGUGUACUUAUUGUUGAAUCCCAAAUAUGCUUAGGGCAGCAUAAAGUGAACCAAGCGAACACAAGUGACCUUUCAGCUCAGGUGGCCUUUAUUUCCUUGGUUCAGGUCACUCUCACUGUAAGGGCAAUCCCAUGUUUGCUUGGUCUGUACAGAUAACAAACCUUCUAAGCCUCCUUAUGACAGACCUUCACCUUUAGAGCAAAGUACAGCUGUUGAAUUGAAAGCCAUCUCCAGUAAUGGAGAGCAAGAGCAGGUUCUCUUUUUUUAAUCUGAAACACCUUUAGUUUUUGGUGUUGAGUUCUUACACUAAGAUGGAUUUAUGAGCGUGGAAGUUUGGAUACUACUUAGCUCUACUACUUAGGAGCUGAGUUUCUUCACCUCUGCUGCACUGGGUGUUCCUGUAUGUGAUCAGGAUCACAGAAUGUGAUGCAGUUUGGCACAUAAAUGAACAUAACAAAGCAUAACAUACAUGAACAAAGCAUAGCAUUUUGAUGCUGCUGUCCCUGAAGGAUUGAAGACUCGAACUGGAAAGAUACAGGGAACUGUAAGCGUGUUAUUGUCCAACUAUGGGCAUAGCUUUUCUUUUGUAUUAUUGUUGUUUUUCCUUACAAGCCUAUUUCCUGGUGACCCCAUUUCCAUUUCCACCAAAGAUACCUUUUUUUCCUCUCACAGUCUCUACCUCUGGUGGUUGCAGGGAGAUUAACACCAUGCAGAGAUGUCUUCCUGAGUUUGCAGGAACACAUGAAAGAAUAAGUUUCUUGCACAUCUGUGAAUUUCCCUGGAAUCUCAUCAUGCCAACAUUGCUGGUGUCAGUGGAUUGCUAGACCAGAAUUGUGUAGCACCUUGGAAGCACUUCUUUGAUGCUUCAGACUUCAACCUGCAGCCCAUUAUAACCUGAAUGGUUUCUGAGACAGCAUGGUAGCACAGAAGCAUUUCUCUUCCAUUCCAUGCUAACCAAUUACUGUCACAAUAAAUAGCGAGUGCUUUAAAGUGCUUGGAAGCAUAUAGUAGAAAUGAUGGAGGAAGAUUUCAGCCAGCCAGUUAGGAGCACUGCUAAGGCCAUGUGCUGUAAGGGGUGGGUUAACAUUGGUUUUCUGUUGUAUGCUCUGGCAGAAAACUGGAGCUGAAUGGAAGAUGAAGCCAGCAUUGAGCCACUGCCCUUUUGGCACCUGGGGGUCCCCACAAACAUGCAGGUUUUAGAGCUGCCAAGCUUUAGGUUUCCAUGGUCAGUCCCAGUUUUACUUGGUGAGGUUGGUGAGGUGCUCUUUCAGUGUGAUUGGAGGCUGCAGGGAACUAAGAAAUGCAGCUGGAUUACAACUAACUCAAGUAAUUAUAAAGCAAACCAACAAAAAACCCAACCAGCCCAACUCCUGACCUCCCUCUCUCCACAUUGUCCCCAGAAAGCUUAAAGACAUGUAAAAAAAAAAUCUCUCCCUAGGAAUGAAUGCUUUGCUAACCCAGUCUGAUGGGGGCAGCUGCACCCAUGGGAUGGCAUUGGAUCUGGAUGGCCUUUAAAGUUGCUUCUAACCCCAGCUGUGCUGUGAGUCUAAGGAAGAUAGUGGAUCUGACAUGUUUUUGGUUGCCUAGGGCAUGGACUGGCCAUCAGCCUACUGGCUAACCGUGGGGAAAGAAUAAAGCAUUUCCUACUACAAAAACUUGGUGAAAGGGCCAUCUGCCAUCCUCAAACUCCCCAUUCCUCCUUUAUUUCACCUCCAGUCAGGCUUGAGAAUCCAAAAGAACUGCACUGGUUCUCCUUAGGGCUUCAGUAAAGCUGGUUUUCUAUCACAUAAGGCAUGCAGAUCACAGCCAGGGCACGGGGCCAGGGAACCAUUAUCUUCUUUGUGUUCCACAUCCCCCUAUUUAGCUGAUGGGAAGAAACUGUAAUAUUCCUGAUGGCUCCUGAGCAUCUGUUUGCUUUAUCAUAAAACAAAUGCAUUCCUGUGCCAGGUGAUGUGAGCAAUAGCUCACUUCGGUGAGGAAGGUAGAACAAGGUGUUAAGACAGCUCUUGUAAUUAACCUAAUUAGAGUUGAUAGAGAUUAAAUUCAGCCUUCCCCUUCGUGUUUUCUUUUCUUCCUGAGAAUGCUUUGUCAAAUAAAAUCAGUUGGUGCAAUUCUGCCUUCGUGGAAAUGCUUUAGGGAAUGGAUAGAGGAUGUGACUGGGUUUUUUCUGAACAGACAAAGCUUUGAUUUGCUGUGAGGCUUAAUCUCUUCACAACCUUUUAAUUUUUCCUUAUUAAAGAAUCUGUGUGCAUUCACAUGAGCACCGUAUCUGUGCACUUUGCAGGUGUGGGUUUUGAUUUGGGUACAAGAGCAAACAUUUGACCCAAUUUUUGUUUUGUGUUGUUAUUUAGAACGGCUUCUCUAUCCGUAUGGCAUUGACACAGUUAAACCUUUUCCUCCAGCCAAACAGCAGGAGGAAUAGCAUAGCUUACAUUGAUUUCAGUGCUUUAAGAUUUAAUAAAAAAGAAUGACUUGCAGUUUGAGUACAUGAAAUCUGACUCAUAGCGUGGGAUUACGGCUGUGUUAAAUCCCCAAACAGGGAUCCAUCCCUUUCUGUUCAAGCUGUUGAACGCAGGUUGACUUGUAUCUCCUUAAUUCAGUUUGUGAGUCCCUGGGAGGUUCUUCUCCUCGCCCAGCAGCACAGCGUGAGGAAGUUGGCACAGAGGAAACUUCAUUAACUUAAGGGUUUGCAGAGCGUGGUCACUUUAUGAACCCCAUUUUCUGUUCUUUUUUUUCUCCUAAAUACCUGUGAAGUUUAUAGAAGGUGGGCUGGUACCUUUUUAGACGUUUUUGCACUCUAUUAAUAAUUGAACCUGUGUAAAUGUGUAUAAAAUCAUUUUGCAUGUGUAUGUAUAAAUGUACAUAUCUAAUAAAUGGCUUUUGUUUGGUUUUGUAA